AAAUUAUGUUAUACGUAAUUAUAAAACUCUCAAAAAUAUAAUUUAUUUAUUUCAAACAUUUGUUUUUUAUUGAUAAUUAUAACAAUUGAUAAAAAAAUAUAAUAAUAAUGGAUACAAGAUUUCUAUCUACAUUUUCUUCAAUGAUACAUCUCAUUAUUUUAUUAAUUACAAUACAUAAAACACUAACUCUUGGCUUCGACUCUGGAAUUGGUGGUUCUUGUAAUCAAAAAAUGUCACGACAAGGAAGAGCAAAAUUUUUAAAAUCUAUACCAUGUGAUUUAACAAAGCAAUCAUAUUGUAAUUUACCAGGAUCGUCAUAUCCUUGGCACGCCGUUCGUAAAUUUGUACACGAUAAUCAAGGCUUAAUGAAGAGAAUGUAUGGAGAUAUUCAUCACAUUUCUGUAUUACGUAAUGAAAUACAAAAAAAUGAUUUAGAUUUUGAAGAAAUUGAUAUAAAAUUUUUUGACGACAAUAAUGAAAGAAAUAGCGAAAUUGAAAAUGAAAACUCUAGAAUUUCAAAAUAUUUACAUUCAGUGGAUUUUCAAAAUGGUAAAUUGUCACAAUAUGGAAUAUCACAGCCCCAUUUUAGACCUACAUCAUCAAUUAAUUCAAAAUUAAAUAAUAAUAGUAACAAUAACACACCAACAAAAAGCUCUCCAGUUAAUUUUAACGAAUCUAAAAAAUAUAAUAAUUUACCUGAAAACGAAAAAUUCAUAAAAAAGCAUCAUCAUGUUCAAAAAAUUGAACAACAACAGACUGUUUCCUUAACUGGAGCAUUAAAUAAAGAUACAAAAACUGAAAGUAAUAAUGAUGAGUCAAACGAUGUGAACGAAAUCGAUAAUCAAAUAGAAGAUAGCAAAGAUUCUGAAAGAAAUUCUGUCUUGGCAAUGAACAAUAAUAAUAAUAGUAAUAAUGACAAUAAUAAUACUAGUAAUAAUAACGACAAUAAUGAUAGUAAUAAGUUCACCAAUAUUAAUAGUAAUAAAAAUUAUGAAAAAACCGAUGAAAAUAAUAGCAAUAGUGUUCAAAUAAAUAUUGCUAAUAACGAUAGAAGUCAUAACAGCGAUAAAAAUGGUGCCAAUGAAACGGACGAUGUAGAAAAUAAAAGUGAAAAUAACGAUACAAUUUCAGCCACAUUAAAUGUUGUUAAGCAUAUUAUUCAAACUGAAAUGGAAACUGAAAAUAAAGUGGUGGAUAAAAUAAAUAAUGAACAAAUACAAUCAAAACAAAAUGUUAAAGAAAAUUCAACUAAUUUAUCAACUCUUCUAUUAGAAAAAUAUCAAUUAAAAGUCUCUUCUCCAAAUUUUAUGCCAGAAACAACAACAAUACGUACAACGUUAUUAAAGCCAAAUGAAACUCAAAAUUUACAAAACCAUACAUUUAUUGAUGCAAAACCUACUGAAAAAAUUGAUAUAAAAUCAAAAGAAAAAUCAAGCGAUUAUGAAGUAAAAACCAAAAUUGGUAAUAAUAAAACUCAAAUUUUAGAAGGACAGUUAUUUCAAGAUACCAUCCAAAAAGAAUCUCCAAAUUUAACUAAUUUAAGAGGAGUAAAUGCUUGUCCAACCAAAGAAGAAGUUGUGGCACCAUUUUGGGCUAAUAACACUCGAGGUGAAGUAUUAGCUUUAUUGAAUCUUUAUCCAUUUGAACAAUAUGUUCAUUGGGAACGUUGCUCAAACGAACAUAAGCAAAUGUAUUGUCGUGAAGGAUGCCGUUGUGAACAACAAUAUAGUCUCCAUAGAUUAUUAGCAUAUGAUCCACAUGAUGAAUGUCGCGGAAUAUUUUCUGACUGGUUCCGAUUUCCAUCGUGUUGUAUCUGUAAAUGUUACAAUAUCCCAAUUGAAGUAAGAACAACAUCAAGAAGUCCACGAUCGGAAAAUGACUUAUAUGAAAGUAAAUUACGUUUAAUUGAUAAAGCUGAGGCUGAAGCACAUCGUGCUGUAUACAAUCAUGCGAUAGAUGAUUGGUAUAGACCGCAAGACAAUUUAAAUUAGAAAAAUGAUUUUAGUAUUUAAAAUUUUAUUAGAAACACACAUAAUCGAUUAAAGUGUAUACAUAUUAAGUUUAUUUAUUUAUUUAAGUAAAUAUACUUUUUGAUGUUUUGUGGACUAGUCGAAAAAAUUGAUCUAUAAAUUUUAAGAAAAUUAGAAGUA